GUAUUUCAACAUGGCCGACGCAUACGGACGAAAUCGCAUAGCGACUGCCUUUAAUUUUAUCUCAUUUUAGGGCAUAAAGAACCAAUUUUCUAAUGCCAUGGACAAGUUUGUCAUUAGAACUAAACGUAGCCCUAGACCAGAAUGUACCAGCUCAGCGAAAGUGGACAAUAAAAAGCAAUCAACAAUCGAAAGUCUUGCGGUGAGUUUUCAAAAUGUUCUAAUCACCAAUAAUUAACGCUUUCACUUACAGCUAAGGUAAACUGUCUUACUUUUAGAUCACUUACUUGACUGCGAACAGUCGCUUAUUUUUCUUUGCAAAGUUACUGCACGCGAAACCCAAGUACGCGAGAUCUUCCCAAUCCCUUAUUGAAACGUAACGUCGUGGUUUGCAAUCUCGCUGGCUGAGAUAAGAACUAGACGGAUGUUAAGAAAAAAGGCGACCAGCAAGCAGUCUUAUCACUUACUAAAGUAUCUUGCUGUGUAGCCUGAAUGUUUAGGAUUUUUUUAGGCUAUAUUAAAACGCGUUUAUACAGGACGUUUUUGGGGGUAAUGCAAGGUACAAGGAAUUUGACGUUUUACAAAUCUAGAUAGAUAAAGUGAGUUUUUGUUUUUCUAGAGUGUUGUUGUGGUGGAAGAAAUACACCGUCUUAAAUGCGAACUAGAAAGUGAUGUCUCCACCCCUGAAGCAAUUUUGUCAGCGUUAAAAAAGUUGGGUACGAAGAACUUGUCUAGAGAUGUUUUGCUCUCCACGAAAAUUGGCCACACUGUGAACCGACUGCGGCGUCAAGGAAGCAGUGAGGAAAUAAGAGAACAAGCUAAGCUAGUCUUUAGAAGAUGGCGAGGGUUUAUCAAAGAAUUAGAAAGAGAAAAGCCUAUUAUUGAGGUUCACUGUGAUAAGAAAACUGAAGUUGUGAGAGGAAAAGCAAGAAAGUUGCUGGCUGAUGCUCUUCAAAUGACGGUAUGAUGUUCUCGGCUUAUGAUAUUAUUUGAACACUCAGUAAAUGCAAUCUUACUGCCAGGAAGUUAGAGCUAUUGCAUUCUGAAACUGAGGCGAAGCCAAGAGUUUUCACAGCUUGUAAUACACAACUGCGAGUUUUUUGAACGGCUUCAAAAUCUCUAAUAUAGAUCAACUCAUUCUUGCUUCGCCUGGAGUUUUUAAACCUGAUAAUACACUCCUGCUCGUUUUUAAACAGUACUUGACUUGACCUUGUGGGCUGCAUAAUUAUGCAGAUAGCUUAGCAAUAGAGUUGAAUCAGUAUACAUAGUUUGUCUUUAAAGCAGAUGCACCAUCCAUUAUGAUACACAAGGUCUUGUCCCUAUAUACUUACGAGGAGAGGAAGCCUGCAUUAUGUUUGGAAUGGACUGUUACUCUUUAACAAAACUCUUGUGCUACAUGUAUGUGUACUUGCUUAUGCAUCCAGAAAAAUAAGAUAUUUUUACAUAAAUAUUUAAUAACUUAUUUAUUAAAAGUGAUUACAUUAUUGUGAUGGUACAUCCAUUUAGUGGUCCUUUCUCUACCAAUUCAUGAACAAAAAGGAAAUUAGAAUUGUUGGUUUUUGAGGACAGGGGGAAACUGGAGUGUCCAGAGAAAACCACUCUAAAGUAAGGAGAACAACUCAAAAACAUACUCACCUGAUAUGUGGUAAUGUUGCCUGUUGGAUUAGAAUGUAGGCCCCAAUAGUGGGAGGCCUGUGCUCUUACCACUAUGCAACCUUGCCCAGCAAAGAAACUUAUUGUGGUGUAUACAGGCUGAAAUGUUUUUUAACUUAUCUGUUUUGUUUGUUUGUUUUUUCCUUAUUUGCAGAUUACAGAAAAUUUACCAGAACUUAUUGAAAGGAAUGUGUUUCAUAAGUUUGGCAGGCUUAUCAACAACAACUAUAAGAGAAAGAUGCGGUCAUCGGUUUUCACUUUGAAACACAGGGAUGCUAUCAGAAGUAGGGUUUUAAGUGGAGAAAUUACAGUGGAAAAAUUUGUUAACUCAUCCCCUGAUCAACUUUUGACAUAGUGCUUGGAUAUCAAUGACUUUACGUUUCACGGAAUCUUUUAGGUUUGCUGUACAUCAAAAAUUUAUUAUUUAUUAUUCAACUUAAUUUAUUAUUAUUGUUAUUGCAUAAUUAUUUGAUUUUUUAACCUUUUCUCUUUCCACUGUCUCAUUUUGUGUAUGUAAAAUAUUUAGAAAAAAACAAAAUUAAUGCUCCCAUGCAAUGGCACUGUUGCAGGGUUUUCAUUUGAAUAGUCACAUCAUAGCAUCAUAGGAUUUGGUCAACAGUGGAUGUAAUAUUAAUUUUAGGAAUAAAAGUGAGGGAAUUGAGCACUUUGUUUUUGCAAUAUUGUGUAGUUUUUUUAAGUUCAUGAAACAGAGGUAUUAUGUAACUCUUUCUUAAGACAUAAAGAAAAUGUCUCCAGUUAGCACUUUAUUGUGAUCUAAAUAUAUUAUGUAAAGGAUAUUAAAGGACAUAGUUACUUUCAGACAACAUCAUGACUACAUCAAUUUAUAAUAUAAAUAAGACAUGAGCUAUACAGUACAUGUUGUGCUGGAUUUUUACACCCACUUCGUCCCACA